ACAGCUGCCUGUUGUAAUGCUUUACUUACAGGUGCUGCCCUUUAUGGUAUUUACAGGUACUUUUAUGGAGGAAUUUGUCGUUGUACUACAAGAUUAGAUGGAUUAGUCAUUAUAAUAACAGGCCCUACAUCUGGAAUUGGUAAAGCUUUAUCUUUUUUGUUAGUUGAAAGAGGAGCCUCAUUAGUUUUGGCAUGUAGAGAUCUUGAAAAAGGCAACCAAUUAAAAAACAAAUUGAAGAAAUAUAAUAGCAACAAUGCAAAAAUAUUUGUGAAACAGUUAAAUCUUCAAUCAUUUUCUAGUAUAAUUAAGUUUGCUGAGGACAUUAAUUCAACUUUUAAUGAAAUAUAUGCCUUGGUAAAUAAUGCAGGUGUAUUUUUUCAUGAGCAAAAACUAACUGAAGAUGGUUUUGAUAUUACAUUCCAAGUAAAUUAUCUUGGACCAUUUGUCUUAACACAUCAUUUGCUGAAAACGCUAAAAAAAUCCGAUCAUGCACGUGUUGUUAAUGUUGCAUCUGAAGCUCAUAGGACAGUAAAUGUAUAUGAUUUAAAAGCUAUCACCAAGUGUCAAACUGAUUUUCGAACCCACUAUAAAGCUUAUGGGGUAUCUAAGCUUGCACUAGUGCUGUUCAGUCGACAACUUGCUAAAAAGCUAAAAAAUACUAAUAUACUCGUGAAUGCAGUAAAUCCUGGAAAUGUAGAAACAGCAAUUUAUAGAUAUUUUCCGCCACUGUGCAAUCCAUUUCUGUAUGCUCUGCAGUGGCCUGUGCGAACCAUUGUUGUCAAAAGACCUCAUCAGGGUGCCCAGUCUUUAUUACAUUCAUUAUUAACUUCAAAUCGUUCAACAGGACAGUACAUUAGUGAUUGUAAACUGGCUUUGCCCAGUUCUAUAGCUCUAAACGACAGUUUAGCAGAAGAAUAUUAUGAUUUAACUAUGCAAUUACUGUCUGACAUUUUCACAACAGAAUCUGAUUGCUAAAAUGGUUGUCGAUAAUGUUUGG